AUGAGUGACAGCGGAGGAACUCGGAGUAAACACGGGUCGUGAGGGACAGUUCAAGAGCUCGCGGAUAGUGAAGGGCUGGCAACAAAAAUUAAAGAGUAGCCUAUGAGAGACAUCUCAUUUUUUAGAAAUAACUGAACCUGCACAUUCGGACAGGACAGCAGAAAUGGAAACCAGGCAACAGGAGCUGUACUCUAGUAUUUUGAGCGAGAGUACAGGGGAAUGGGAAGAAGGGGGUCAUCUCAAAACAGGCCUGCUGGAGCCUGAGCCACUGCAGGAAGUGGAUGAAGACAUGGUGUCAGAGGUGGACCUCAACAACAGUGUCUCUGAGGAGGAGAGAGAAGAAAUUCAAACGGAGCUAAUAAAGUUGGAAGAAGAAAUCUCCACCCUGAAACAAGUCCUGGCAGUCAAGGAGAAACGUCAAUCCGAACUGAGGCAAAAACUGGGCAUAUCACCGCUGAAUGAACUCAAGCUGAACAUCAACAAGAGUUGGACUGAAAUGCAGACAUCCACUGCCUACAAAAAGACGUCAGAAACGCUAACGACGGCCGGGCAGAAGACCACGGCGGCUUUCAGCACGCUAGGGACGGCUAUCAGCAGGAAGUUCGGGGACAUGAGAUCAAACUCAAUUGGUUACUCAAUCCGCCAUUCAAUGAGCAUGCCUACUAUGAGAAACUCACCCAGUUUCAAGACAUUUGAGGAGAAGGUCGAAAGCACAGUUUCCACCUUAAAGACCAAAGUCGGAGCGAGUGGUAGCGGAGGCAAUUUUGAAGAGGUGCUCAACUCGGCUGCGCACGCUAGCGCCCAGAACACUCCCAGCAACACCCACCUUACGGAAGACGGCAGCGAGCAGACAUCCUAGGCUCUGCAUCCCCUCCUGUGCACUCUACUGCCCCCCCCUGGCCCUGAGGCCACAUAGUCUGCUGAGGAAAGAGUCACGGAUACAGUAAGGGGCCAGAAGAAGCGCUAUAAGAGUUCAGUUUUUUUUUUUUACACCAGCGGUUCCCAAACUCUGUCAGUUCUGGGGACCCCCCUGUGUAUGCUGGUUUUCAUUCCAACCACAGUCGCAAUCACAGAAUUUUAUCACAGGCAUUAUUUAAGCCGCGUUAUGUCUGAAAUAGCUUUGCAUGCCAUGAAGAAUAAAAAUCUCGUGUUUACAUUGUUCUUAUUGUGCUUUACUGUAAAAAAUAAAAAAAAAUGAACUAAUGAAAUUAAAGACUGAGGUUAAUAAAUAGGCUCCUAAUUAGGUUUCAUAAUUAUAAUCUUUCAUAACUGUUUUCGCUUUAACUUAACACAAUGCCGGUUUGGCCCAUUAUGAUUUGCUUUGUCUUUGGAUUUGUCCUUAUCUACCAAAGGGUUAGUUUUAUUGGCCAUGUGUGCACACUUGCACCAGGUAGGAGCUUGUUGAUCGACUUUGGUCUUUAAUUUUAUCAGUUAAAUAAUUUUGCUUCCUCUGGGAGGUUUGUUCGACAUGACAUGAAUAGCUAUUCCUGACAUAAUGUAGCUUAAGAGGGUAAAUAAUCCCUUUAAGCAUGAAAAGCCCCUAUUUAAGAAAGAUUAACAGCAUUUUGAAAUUCUUUGAUUGCAAUUGUGGUUGGACCAAAUUUGGGAACCACUGAUUUAAACACUACAAGCCUCUGAAUCGAUCUGUCCUGAUAGAGGGCCCUAGCCUAAUUGACAACGCUUUGGUUAUUACAUUUUGUACUCAAAAGGAAGCAAAUAUUUUCAGGCUGUUUAUAACGAUGUCUUCAGUCCAUGCAAACGCUAAAACAUUCCAGAACAUUCCUCAGACGCUCUCCAAGUUUUUUGGAGCCGUAUUAUUCAAUUGUGUCGUCUCAUCCUUAAGUAAAAAGAAACAAGAUAUUUGUACCCGUGUACUUUUUGAUAUACUCCAUCUCAUCAAUUUUUUUCUUUUUGGCUGUCGCUUUACAAGAAUAGAGAACGAUUUUAUGUUUUGUACUAAUACUUGAAGUUCCUUGUGCUGUGGUGUCACGCUAAACUAUCUGAUUAACUUAAGGAGUGCUUGUGCUUGAUAAUACAAUAUUCCCUUAAAACUUGAGGCAAUGGGUUCCCUAUUAGUCUGUUUCUACAUCUUAUAUCCACAUUCACCUCUGCCCGCCAAGUCAAGACCUAGCACCUAAGGCUAGAAUUCUCAGCAAACCCCAAGCACACGCUCCUUGUAUUAAUAUUUGGCAGGUGUUUAAGAAACUGUGUUUAUUUACACAGCAACAGACAUUCCUAUUCGUGGUUAUUGGUAAAAUUCCACAAAAAUGGACCAACAAGAUUUAUGUUCACAUAAGUUGAGGCAUUUGAUUGAUCUAUGUUUUUAUUCAUCUGUGGUUUUAAAACUAUUUUGCUGUGGUUUUAAUUGUGGUUGGUAACAGGUCGUCAUCGAUGUUUUCAUGAGCAAAUGUCUUUUAACUGUCCCUCUUAUUUCAAUGUUCACUUUAAGACCAUUGGUUAUGAUCUGUUACAUACAAUCCCAUCAUGCUUUUUUAAAAACAAACGGUGUGACUAGCUACCCGGUUACAGUUUCCCACUGUAUGGACAUACUGAACUGUUUUCUGCAGGUAUAUUAUUAAAAUACCAAUUGUAAA